AUGGGCCAUAUUGUUCACCCAAAACGGAAAACAAAGGCAAUGCAUAACAUUUUACUCCACGAACGUCGUCGACUCUCGGCGCGACAGAUGCUUGGUGCUUGCAUAAUGACCGGAAUGCCAUAUACAAAAGGUGCUCGCUUUCUUUCUCUUUGUGGAACUAAGCCCCCUGUGAAGAGUGGUGUCAUGAGACAACAGAGAUUUUGUGACGAUAAGAUUAGAAGACUUAAAAGUAUUUCCCUAAUGCUGUCGAGAAAGUCCUUCAGUGGUUACUUAUCCAUUGAUGCAAGAUGGACGCACAGGCGAAACUCGCCAAGUUGUACAGUAACUGCGCUCGAUGCUGUCACAAAAAGAGUUCUUGCAUGCGUGAACAUCAACCAUAUUGGUGGAAACAGACAGCAUGCUCAGUAUUCCGGAGCUUCCAACAAUAUGGAAAGUGCUGGAACUCGAAUCAUCUUGAAGCAAUUAAAGAAAUACAAUAUCUUGAAAGAUGUUAAAGAGAUUAUUAAAGACCGAGAUAACAAAAGUGUCUCUGUCUUUAAAGAAUUUGGCGUCUCUCAUCUUGAAAGAUUCGAUCCAGGUCAUGUAUCAAAAAAUAUCUCAAAAGAUUUUACAAAGUUCUCAGCUUCUCAUAAGACAGUUGAAGUUUUCAACGACAAGACAGUUAGUAUGGUUAUCUUGGGUAUGGUGGCACUGCGUUCCACCUUACUCAUUAUAUGUGAAUUUGACAAUUUACAAAACCAUUAA